UUAACGUCAUUUAAAAUGUCAAAUUUCAGUCAUUUUCGAAACGUUUGCUACCAAAACUAAAGCGAAACAUAUUUUUAUUUUAAGUUUUUCAUAAGACAACUGUGUAACAAAUUUGUAAAAAUGUCAGUUUUCGACGGCGACAUAGAAUACCGCUCUGUGUACAUGGUGGAUUAUGAAGUUAAGAAAAAACCUAAGAGUCCUCGUCGCAAGGCGGUGGACGACGACUGCCUCAUCGUGGGCCUGAGCAGAGACAUGCUGAAGCCCAAAGACGAGAAGCAGAGACAUCCCGACGUACUCUGUCCAUUGACUCGCGAAUAUUACAAGGACGCUGUCAAAAGGUUUACAAAAGACUACCCGAAACUCACGAAGAAGUACAUGCAGAAUGACAUCGACCCGGUGCCCAUCGAGAACGAGAUUAAAGACCUCAAGAGGACCGAAUAUUUAACUAAAUACUGUUCUAGAGAUCUCCCCUUUAUGUCCGUGAACCUGACUCGUCGAGCGCGCGCGCUCCAGACCCUGCGCCUGCCAGACGACAUCAUCAUCCCAGACACCAGUCAGAGAGGAUCAUACCGCGCUCCGAGACCUGAGAAAUAUGCGGAGCCACCGUCGAGCAUGUCUAUGAAACCACGAUUUGAUGAUUCUUUGCAAAAGGAGCUGCGUAGAAUCUUGAGAGUGAACACUGGCGAGACAACGUACGGCGCAUGCCAUGGUUUGUUGGCGAAGGUGAUCUUAGAGAAGAAUCCCUUCGGCAAACCGCGCAAGGAGCCAAGAUACGGCCGCUGGAAGAACCCAUACAUGUUUACCUAUAGAAUAUGAUUCCAAUGCGAAAAUAAACUUCUUAAUUGGCAG